GGACGAGAUCCGAAGUACCAGAGCAACGCGACCUUCUUAACACCUCGCAGCAGUUGUCCCUUGUGACUGCGUUUAUGGACCAUCCAACGCUCGCAGCCCAGAAGCGCACGAGUGAUGCAUCCCGAGUCUCAUGGACUCGCCGCUCGAGAUGACCAUGGGCUAUCGUUGAGCAGGCUACCCCUCGAUCUCCUCCACGCAGAACUACACAGACGGCAAGAUGUGCCCGCGAAGCCAGCAUGCGGCACAGUGGGAAGACGGGGGGUCUACAACACUGGAAUCCACGUCUUUGCCCUCUUCCUCAUUCUGGCUUUGAGCACGCUCGGUAUGUCGAGGAGGUAGAACGGCCCGUUUGGAAAUGGGCAUCUAUGUUGACACUUGCACAGCAUGCUCCUUUCCCAUCAUCGCCCGCCGCUUUCCCAAACUCCCUAUCCCGCACCGCUUCCUCUUCCUCUCGCGGCAUUUCGGCACAGGUGUUCUCAUUGCGACGGCCUUCAUCCACCUUCUCCCUACUGCAUUCAUCUCCAUGACCGAUCCUUGUCUGCCGGACUUCUGGACACAGACAUACCCGCAAAUGCCUGGCUUGAUUGCUAUGCUGUCCGUGUUCAUGGUUGUGGGGAUUGAAAUGUUCUUCGCAAGCAAAGGCGCGGGACACAGUCAUGCGAAUGAUUGGGAAAAGGUGCCCCAGGAACAGUCCUCGGGAGAAGGAAGAUCGUCGCAUUAUGGCAACGGACAUGUCCCGCUGGAACACCUGCAAGUGCCAACGACGCCAUAUACAGAUGCAUCACCGAAACCUGGCGACUCGGCUUCGAGCGACUCGGAUCUGGAGUUGGACGAUCUCGAUCCCGCCGCGGACGAGUCUGCAACAUUAAGCAACCCUCACCGGCGCAAAAUCUCCCAGCACGAAAGCAACUUCCAUCACCACCCUUCCAAAGAUGACGAGAACCCACAGCGUCUCUUUCUCCAAUGCUUGCUCCUCGAAGCGGGCAUCCUCUUCCACAGCAUCUUCAUCGGCAUGGCCGUCUCCGUCGCGCAAGGCACCCAGUUCGCCGUCCUGCUCAUUGCAAUUUGUUUUCACCAGACCUUUGAGGGAUUUGCACUUGGCUCGCGCAUUGCGGCGCUCAUACCCACCUUGUUCGACGCUUCUUCACCCAAACCCUGGCUCAUGGCACUCGCGUAUGGCGCGACAACGCCCAUCGGCCAGGCAAUGGGGAUCGUCUUGCAUUCCUUAUAUGACCCCGCGAGUAAAGUGGGACUACUGAUGGUUGGGAUCACGAAUGCAAUUUCCAGUGGGCUUUUACUCUUUGCCGGGCUGGUGCAACUGAUUGCAGAGGACUUUUUGAGUGAAAACAGUUACGAGGUUUUGAAAGGCAGACGAAGAAUCGAAGCAUGCCUCGCGGUAGGCUUGGGGGGCUUGUUAAUGGCGGUGGUGGGUGCUUUUGCUUAAUCAUGCAUGAUGAUAUAUAGCUGAGUGAUAGCGAAUGAAUUUAUCUAGAUGAAUUUAACCUAGCAACGCAGCUUGUAUGUCCUUAAACAU